AUGCCCAAGGCGCCUGAGAAACCCAAGACGCUGUUGCAGCGGUACAAGAUGUGGAUGAUCAAUGAGGGCGGAAGGCGUAUCACGUUCUACGUCUGGAUCUUCCUCCACCUCAUCGUAGCUGUCCUCGGUUUCCUUCACUAUGACCUGAAGGACAACUCGGUCACCGCGCGUGCUACGUUCGGCAUCACUUUCCCCAUCGCCCGUACAGCGGCUUUGGUUCUGCACGUCGACGCGGCUAUGAUCCUCCUGCCUGUGUGCCGUAACUUCGUGUCUCUCCUCCGCCGCACUGCCCUGAACGACAUUAUCCCCUUCGACAAGAAUAUCUUGUUCCACAAGGCCACGGGAUGGAUGAUCGUCUGGAUGUCUGUUGUUCACAUUGUCGCCCAUAUGCGCAACUUCGCUCUGCUCGCGAUGGCGGACACCGACGCGCACAACACCGGCCAGCGCAUUGUCGCCUUCCUCGCCGCCAACUUCAUCACUGGUCCCGGUCUCACAGGCUGGAUCAUGACGGUUGCCCUCGGCAUCAUGGCCUGGUUCGCGCGUGAGAGCAGCCGCCGUGCUCACUUCGAGCGCUUCUGGUACUCGCACCACCUGUUCAUCGUCUUCUUCAUCAACUGGCAGCUCCACGGAAUGUUCUGCAUGAUCAAGCCGGACAGGCCUCCUUACUGCUCGUUCAACACCAUUGGAGUCUUCUGGCGCUACUGGCUUGUUGGCGGUGUCAUCUGGAUCUACGAGCGUGUCCUCCGUGAAGUUCGCUCUCGCCACCGCACCUACAUUUCGAAGGUCAUCCAGCACCCUUCGAAGGUUAUGGAACUCCAGAUCAAGAAGGAGAAGACCACUACUCGCGCGGGCCAAUACAUCUUCCUCUCCUGCCCUGAGGUUUCUUACUUCCAGUGGCACCCGUUCACUCUCACCUCCGCUCCCGAGGAAGACUACAUAUCGGUCCAUAUUCGUGUUGUCGGCGACUUCACGAGCGCACUGGCCAAGGCCGUGGGUUGCGAUUUCGAAUCGAAGGGCAAGGGCGAGAAGGUUGAGCCUGGAGGAAAGGUCAUCGGAACCGCCACCAACCCGCCUGUCAACCGCGUUCUUCCCCGUGUCAUGGUCGACGGUCCGUUCGGUUCGGCCUCGGAAGAUUUCUUGAAGUUCGAGACCGUGCUCCUCGUUGGCGCUGGUAUUGGUGUUACGCCGUUCGCGUCCAUCCUGAAGACCAUUUGGUACCGCAUGAACAACUUCAACCAGUCCAAGCCGACACGCCUGUCCAAGGUGUACUUCACUUGGGUCAUCCGUGACUUCGGUACCGCGGAGUGGUUCCACUCUCUUCUGCAUGCAGUCGAGGAGCAGGACACCCAGAACCGGAUCGAGAUCAACAUUUACCUUACGGCCAAGAUCAACGAGAACGACAUGACGAACAUCAUCGUCCAGGAUGUCGGUGCCGAGAAGGACGCGAUCACCUCCCUCCGCGCCCCGACGCACUUCGGCCGCCCGAACUGGGAUCGCGUGUUUGGCUCCAUCGCAGACAAGCACCCGGAGACGGAUGUCGGUGUGUUCUUCUGCGGUCCCGCGGCCCUGUCUCGCGUGCUCCACAAGAUGAGCAACAAGUACUCCAACCCCAAGGGCACCCGGUUCUUCUUCGGCAAGGAGAACUUCUAA